GCCUGGCGGCAGGUCGACCAGAGACUACUGCAGUGGCUCGGCUUGGGAUGAUCAUCUUAUACAGGCGGCUUAUCAUUACGUUCGUACUCCAAGUUUUCGUCUGAAGCUGCUGGAAGUUCAAAAAGUCCUCCGAAAGACACAUAUACUACAACGCCUGGUUCGUGACCCUGAUACCGGCGCCGAGAUUACUGGAACUGAAAGACCGAGCGUGGAAAGUGGCGGAUAGGUAAAUCCGGUGCAUCAAGUUACUGAUUAGAAACAAACAUAACAUACUCGCGAUUGCUUCGAAUCAGUGUGAAAUAACCUAGGAUUGUAUAUUAUAGAAUUACCUGCUAAACCCCCCCGGGGAAACCUGGUAGUAUCAGUUUGUUUGAGGUCAUUAUCAACCCGCUUUUGUAAAAUGCACGAUUCUGUCUGAAGCAAUCUGAGCUCUUAUCAUACUUUACCGCCCUUUCCAAUUCUGUUAGAUUUGCCAGCUUACAGAUUCACGUAUGGGAAUGGGUUGUGUGAUUCGUAUCCUAGCAGCAGAAUGUUUACGACGCAUCAAUAUAAACUAAAACGGUGGUAGAUAAAAGUGAAAACGCAUAUUCCUAGUCACUGAUAAUGGGAGGCAAAGGAAAAAAGAAGAAAUCAGGCAAAGAAGCUGGGGCAGGAGGAGAAAAGGCACGAAAUGGUGCCGCAAAGGAAGCGGCCAAACCGGACGAGGCAGAAGAGGAAGAUGAAGAGGCCAAACCCAAGAAGGGUAAGGCUAAGAAGGGCAAAGGAAAGGGUGGAAAGUCGUCCAAGUUCCAAGGCGACAUAUUCAACGAGGCGGCAAUGGAAAAUGCGUACUACAUCUGCCAUAACAUACAGGACGUCCUGAAAUCACGCGGAUUCGCUUGGCCAGAGGGACAAAAGAAAAAGAAAAAGGGGAAAAAGUAGAACCGCGAAUAAACAGACAAACGUUACGUUGUAUAAACCAUACUAUGUUUGAUUUUAUUAUGAAAAACAUGCUUUAAUGCAACAAAAAAAAAUGCUAGGCAGUAAGGCA